GAUUACGUUUGUUUACUGAGGCAAAGGAUGGUGGCUCACGUGGGAAGUAUUGGGAUGAUCAUCCAGCUAUAAUGGCAGUUGGUGUCGUUGAUGCAAAUUCUGAGGAUAUCUUCCAGACUUUAAUGUCUCUUGGUCAAUCAAGAUCCGAGUGGGACUUCUGUCUGCGGGAAGGAAGGGUGGUUGAGCAUCUAGAUGGACAUUCAGACAUAAUCCACAAGAAAUUAAGAGGGGACUGGCUACCAUGGGGAAUGAGAAAGAGAGAUCUAUUACUUAGACGAUAUUGGAGGAGAGAAGAAGAUGGAACUUAUGUUAUCCUGUACCACUCUGUUUUCCACAACAGAUGCAGUCCUGAGAAAGGCUACAUCCGUGCAUGUCUUAAAAGUGGAGGAUAUGUAAUAUCACCAGUUAGCCAAGGAAGACAAUCAGUUGUGAAGCAUAUGCUUGCUAUAGACUGGAAAUUCUGGAAGUCAUAUCUCCUUACCUCAUCCGCAAAAUACAUCACCAUACGUAUGCUAGGAAGAGUAGCAGCCCUACGGGAAUUAUUCCGAGCAAAAAAUGGAAACUGCGCUUGUAUGGAAUUCUCAUCGGGUGAGCUGAUGAGGGAUAUGGGACUGCCGCAGGGUGGAAACGAGCCGACAAAAAUAGAAACGCAGUCAGCAAAUGAGUGUGAAAGACUUGAGGGUCCUGUAGAAGGACCACAGGGUGGUUCUAAGCGGCACUUAAGCAGUACUGGUUCCCUUGUUCAACUUAAUGAUGCAACGGAUGAGUUCUUUGAUGUCCCAGAUGAAUCAGAAUAUGAUCAGAGAGAAGCCAUGUGGUCUUCUGAUGAGAGCACACAUGCUGCGGACCAACGACAUGCUAAAUUAUCCAGUGCUGCUGUCUUUGUACGGAAGUUGCAUGAUCUUGCAGUUCAAAAGAGAGGGUACAUUGAUUUACAGGGAGCUGCAGAUGCUGAUAAUGGACCAUGUUACUAUGGACAUACUCUCCCAAAAGAUUCUAGCUGUACAAUGCCUUCUAGUUGGUCAAUGACAGACCCGACAACAUUUUUAAUACGGGGAGAAUCCUAUUUGCUUGAUCGUCAAAAGAUCAAAGCAGAGAAUACACUGAUGCAAAUGGUUGGUGCUGACUGGAUAAAAUCUGAUAAGCGUGAGGAUGAUCUUGCUGGUCGUCCUGGCGGACUAGUCCAGAAAUAUGCAGCACAAGGAGGCAGCAAAUUUUUCUUCAUUGUAAAUAUACAGGUUCCUGGUUCUACCACGUACAGCUUAGCUUUGUAUUAUAUGAUGGAUACCCCAUUGGAAAAGGUUCCUCUACUUGAAAGAUUUGUAAAUGGAGAUGAUACAUUCAGAAACUCAAGGUUCAAACUCAUCCCUUAUAUCUCAAAGGGAUCUUGGAUUGUGAAGCAGAGUGUGGGCAAGAAAGCUUGUUUGGUUGGUCAAGCACUAGAAAUCAAUUAUUUCCGUGGAAGCAACUAUUUGGAGCUUGGAGUUGAUAUAGGCUCGUCAACAGUGGCACGAGGUGUGGUGAGCCUUGUGCUCGGGUACUUGAACAACCUGGUGAUUGAGAUGGCCUUCUUGGUACAGGGCAACACGCAGGAAGAGCUCCCGGAGUUCCUCCUAGGCACCUGCCGACUGAAUUAUCUGGACGCCUCCAAAGCUGUAUCGCUAGACGAAUGCUGACCUGACCUCUCAAGGUCAAGGAGGCGUCAGGUUGAUCCCAAUUCUCUUUCGAAGCCUGAGUACAGCACAUCAAAGCCGAAAAGGCUCAAGCUACUCCCCGUGUCCACCCGCCAUACACUCAUUUAUCUGCCUUGCCGCCCACAAAAGUGUGGGGUAUUUGCCGCAGCAGUGUACAUUCAUUUCUCCUCCUGCAAAUAGGAGGUGUUGCGGUGUAUUGAUUGAUUGAUGAUGGCAGUCUACUACUCGUGUGAUGCAAAGCCUUGCUCCCAUUCUUUGGCCGACAACUCGUCAUUUCAUUCAUCAUGUAAAAAUUGAGACAAAAGGAAAGUGUAUUCUAACCCUGA